UAGUGCCCAUGCAUGAGGAGGAGAAGAUGGUGAAUCUGAUGAAGAUGGGCAGGACAGGUGGGAAGGAGGAGAUACGGUCCAGAAGAGCUCUUUUCACGCAUUUCUUCCCCUCGCCCUCGAUUCGCCGGGGAGUGUGCAGCAGCAGGGCAGGGAACGCGCUCUGUCAAUAAGCUUCUGCCACGACACGAGCCCGCCAGAAAUUCGCGCGCCCAACUCGUCGACUGCUGGCCUCUUUGUUGGCCGACGACAGCAGUACAUCCACCACGCUCCCCACCGCCUGUCCAUAGGCCACAGUCCGCAUCGGCACCUCUGCGAAGGUGUGCGCCGAGUCGUCCAGCGCAUCGCCCAUCAUGCCGCGUCUCCACCUAUUGCUGCUGGCACUGCUCGUGGCUCUCGCCGCUGCAUGGACCAAAGAGGACCACGAAAUCUUCCGCCUGCACGAUGAGGUCCAGAAGUCCGAGGGCACCAAUGCCACCUUCUAUUCCUUCCUCGGCAUCAAGCCGAACGCUGGGCAGGAAGACAUCAACAAGGCCUAUCGCAAACUCUCCCGCACGCUGCAUCCCGACAAGGCUCGGAGCAAUUGGAUAGCCAACUACAACAAGCCCACGCCCGUCAAGACAAAAGCUGGAGCCAAGCCGACUGUACAUGUGCAGAAAGACAAAAAGCCCAGCCAAGGCGAGAUCAAAAAGUUCAACAAGGAAGCCAGCGCGAGGUUCGAGAGAUUGUCCUUGGUAACAGGUGUCCUGCGCGGACCAGAAAGAGAUCGCUACGACCACUUCCUCAAGAACGGUUUCCCAACAUGGAGAGGCACAGGAUACUACUACGAACGCUUCCGCCCAGGUCUCGGCUCCGUUCUCUUCGGCCUCUUCGUCUUUGUUGGCGGAGGAGUCCACUACGCCGCUCUGUACCUCUCCCACAAACGCCAAAAAGAGUUCGUCGAGAAGUAUAUCAAACACGCCCGCCGCGUCGCCUGGGGUGACGAAGGCGGCAUCGGAGCGAUCCCAGGUCUCGGCGGAGCUAUCUCACCACAGCAAAACGGAGGCAACACCCCCGACAACGAAGAAAGCAUGCAAUGGAACCGCAAGCAAAAGCGAGAGAUGGAACGCCAAAAGAAGAAGGAAGGCAAGAACCCCUCCAAAGCCAACAAAGCUCGCCUCGCGCAAAAGGCCAAAGAAGACGGUAUCAGCACUCCAGUAGAAUCAGAAGUCAUUUCUGGGCCCGUCGGAGCCAAAAAGCGGACCGUGGCCGAAAACGGCAAGAUCCUCAUCGUCGACAGCGUGGGAAACGUCUUUCUGGAAGAAGAAACCGAAGAGGGCGAUACUCAGGAAUUCCUCCUCGAUCCCAACGAACUCCCCACCCCCUCAAUCAAAGACACUUUCCUCCUCCGCCUCCCUAUCUUUCUCUAUAACAAAUCUCUCGGCCGCGUCUUCGGUAAAACACAAGAUGCGGCAUUGGCAGAUCUCGUGGGCGAGGAUGGAGAAGGAGAAGAGAGCGAUGAGACGAAUGCUUUGCAAUCCGCUACCGCGCCGAAUGCGAAUGGGGAGACGAGGAAGCGGAGAACAAAGAAUAAGUCAUGACCUAGAUCUUCUGGGUCGAAAAAGUUAAGCUAGGAUUGUGUAAAUCUAAGGAUAGAAGAAUAUAAAAAUGCUACAGUAUGAAC